CCUUUUCUAUUUCCGGUACGUGGAUUGUAGGUGUGUAGUGUUCGUUUCUGUCGUGAAAUUCUUUUAAUCCAUUCGAAUCGGCAAAGUUUGUGUUUUCCAAUAUCCUCGAACUUUUCCAUUUCUCUCCCCCAAGAUGGUGCAACGCCUGGUUUACCGACGACGAUUGUCGUACAACACCAAGAGCAACAAAAGGAAAGCUGUCCGAACACCCGGUGGCAAACUUGUGUACCAGUACCUGAAGAAGAAGGGGAAGGUUCCAUCAUGCGGUCAGUGCAAGGAUUCCCUCAGAGGCAUCACCCCUGCCAGGCCAAUGGAGCGUUCACGCAUGUCCAGGGGACUUCUGACUGUGAAGCGCCCUUAUGGUGGAGUCCUUUGCCACAAGUGCGUCAAGGAAAGGAUUGUCCGAGCCUUCCUUAUUGAAGAACAGAAGAUUGUAGUAAAGGUGUUGAAGGCACAGAAGGCUUCUGCCAAAUCAAAACCAGCAGCCAAGAAGUAAUCUGUAAUUUUCGUAAUAUAAGAUUUAAAAAACA